CCCCCCUGUAUCCGAUUUUUCAGGAACAUCCAAGGGGGAAAAUGUUAGAGACGUGCUUAGGAACUCAGCCCCACCCAGUCCUCUUCUGCUGGGCCCUAUUCACUUUUAUACCCCGAGAGCUGGAGCCACAAGAGGAAAUCCCAUAGCUCUACCCCUAGGAUUUUCCCUAAAUCAUAAAAUAUAACAUUAGAAAAAAAAAAUUAUAUAUAUAUAUAUAUAUAUAUAUAUACACACACCAGAGCCUUCCUCUAGGGAGCUGGGGGAGGGAGAGAGUGCAAGGCAUGACAGCUGUGGGCAGCCCCAUGUAAUGAGCUUCUCACCGAGGCUGAACAGGACAAACCCAUAGAAUUCUGCCGAGUCCGUUCCUUCGACCGAGCCUCUCCUCCUCCUCCUCCUCCUCCUGCUGCUCCACUGACCUGUCUUAAUCUGGGAAAGCGAGGUGCCGUAUGCAAAGACUUCCCCUGACUGUUGAAGGAGAUCUGAACGUUUGUGUCUUGGCGACCUGCAAUAGGCUCUUCUGAAAGCAAGAUGACCACCACAGCCAAUGGCCGGGAUUGCGGUCAGAAGAUAUCUCUUAAGAAACUGAGCAUCCUACUCAUUUGUGGGGUUUUUGCCUUCUUUGCAUUUAGCAGGUAUGGCUGGAAGGUGCAAGAAUGGUACCCUAAGUACAGGUAUAUCAUAUUCUGUGGAGAAGAAAAGAGGAUGUUGUACCCCAAGCCGGAGACGUUGAAACCCCCGAGAACAGAUGUACUUACAAUAACGCCCUGGUUAGCCCCGAUUGUUUGGAACGGGACGUACAACAUCGACGUACUGAAUGCCCAGUUCCAUAAGAGGGGAGUCCGUGUAGGUCUAACCAUAUUUGCCAUUAAAAAAUACACGGUCUUUGUGCAAACCUUCGUUGAAACUGCUGAGAAGUUCUUCAUGGUGGGACACAAAGUCAACUACUACGUCUUCACGGAUCGUCCCAAUGAUAUUCCUAAUAUAACUCUUGCCGAAGGGAGACAGUUGGUCGUUCUGAUUGUCCCGAGUUACCAAAGAUGGCAGGAGGUCUCCAUGAGACGGAUGGAGAUGAUUCGGGACUUCAGCAGUCAACGUUUCAUCAACGAGGUGGACUACUUGGUCUGUGUCGAUGUAGAUAUGCGGUUUAGUGAUGAAGUUGGAGUGGAGAUACUAAGUGAUGUCUUUGGCACGUUACAUCCUGGCUUCUAUGGAGCUGGACGACAAGGUUUUACCUAUGAGCGUCGGCCCGAGUCCCAGGCCUUUAUACCUGGCGAUGAGGGGGACUUCUAUUAUGCAGGAGGAUAUUUUGGAGGCACCAUUGAGGAGGUCUACAAACUGACCAACUUCUGCCAUAAUGCCAUGAUGACGGACAGAGAAAAUAAAUUAGAAGCGGUUUGGCACGAUGAGAGUUAUCUUAACAAAUACUUUCUGUAUCAUAAGCCCACCAAAAUUCUAUCCGUCGAAUAUCUGUGGGACAACGGUUUUGGAGUUCCAGACAUUCUAAAAAGGAGGAGAUUUGUCGCCGUUCCAAAAAACCAUAAUGCCAUCCGGAAUAAACGCUCCAUACGGAGAUUGAGGAACGCUUGAACGUAGAAGAAGCAAAUUUCAUACCUGUAGUCAGAAAUGGGGGGCGAUGUGGUUGGAUAGAAUAAGAAAUGGAAUUUACUAUCGAUGAUUUAAGGAAAUAAUGUGGUUAUUUGAGACAUUUAUAAAAAAAUUGACGUUUUUUGGUGGAACAGUUUAGAAUCAUUUUCUCGAGGAGAAAACAUUUACGUUGCACUUUUUAAAGCAUUUGCACUAUCCAGCCCUUACUAUGGACUGGGUGAAAGGAAGGGUGAAACUGAAGGGGAGGCACAGAAUGGAGGCCAAGGAAUUCCUUGGCUCGUUUUCUCUAAAACCUCUAUUCCCAUUAAUACUGUGCGUUGUUUUAUAAUAGGUUCAUAAACGGGUUUGUUUUGAUUAAUAAAGGACCAACUUGCUUAGUUUAUGUUGGUUAACUUUACUAUAUGAGUUAAUAACUCUAGGCGGUAAAAUUAUCAAAGGUCGUAUUGGUUUUGCCAAUGAAUUGGCUUGUUUACGUCUGAUACCUCCAUUCCUAUUAAUACUGUAUAUUGUUUUGUAAUAGGUUCACAUACGGGUCUAUUUUGAUUAAUAAAUUGCCCAACUGUUUA